GUUUGAGACAUAAGUCUCCAAAGAAGGUGGACAUCAUGGGUGACAGAAAUGAUCUUGCUGUGGCUUUGCAUGUCCAGAGACUUCAGCGAGCUCUUGACCUUACUGGAUUCAUUCAGCAAAUAAAGAAAUCCAAGGAAGACCUGGACAGCUGUGCUGAUACAGACUGGGAAGGGACUUACAAUGAAUUGGCCGGAGUUCCCUCAGAGCAGACCGAGUCUUCAGAUGGAGACACGAUCGACUCAGCCCCAGAUCGGACUCCACCCUCCGACAAUGAUGGGCCCUGGUGGCUAUCGGGCGCGGGCCUGUCCCGGUCGCGGCGGCGGUUGGCCGAGGACCUGCUCGGCUCCUCUGACGACGAAUUCUGGGACAAUGACGACGAAUGUGAGCGACCGUUGAAUCAGCUCGACCUAGCCAGGAUGCUGCAGCAACACCGGAUGCAGCGCAAACUCAGUCGUCAGUACCGCGUGCAUCCCGUUUCAAGCGGCCACCUGUACUACUCGGCUGGCUUGCUGAGUGAACACGACCGCCAUCCGUCUGCGACGCUCUCGCCCAGCGCCGAUCUGGCGGAACGGCCGCCCUCCAGCACCGGGCCGCUCGGAGGCGACGCGGAAGAGCCUGGUCUUCUGUCAGUGGACCCUGCCCUUGACCUGGAGCUGACGGACCUGGGCGGAGACCGCUCCGACGGCCGCCCCUACGGUGCCAAGAAAUCGCGUUCCUCUUCCGACGGACAGAGGCGUAUCAAGAGAGCUAUCAAGCAGGAACGAGAUACGAUGAAGGCUCUCGCCACCCAGCGUCGAAAGUUGUGGCUGUACGUCAGCAAGAAGGAAGUUGGAAAGGUGCAGCGCUCGAUGGUCAAUGGACGAAAGGAUAAACUGGUCAUCCUGAAGCGGCUGGCCACCGGCUGUAUGCGCGCCUGCCGCCAGAAGGCGCUGCAGUCCCAGAAGUUGGAGAAAGACGUGACCAGCAAGAUGAAGCGUCUGACUCGUGAGAUGCAGAGCUACUGGAAGCACUACAACCGCGUUGAAAAAGAGACGCGAAAGCGAUUGGAGAAGCAGGAAAUCGAACAAAAGAAAAUCAGCUCAGAGCUUCUGGAGGCGAAACGCCAACAAAGGAAGCUCAACUUCCUCAUCACCCAGACAGAGCUGUACGCUCACUUCAUCGGCCCAAAGUCUGCUGGUCGCUGUCAGGAGGCCAUCCUUGGCCACUUGGACGAGGGCAAAACGGACGUGCGCCUCGCUGCAAUCGACGACUAUGACAGCGAGGCAGCAAAGAUGCUGGCUUUGCAGAAUGCCAGAGCGGCAGCGGAACGCAGUCGUCAGUACGUUGCCCAGUUUGAGCACACACCCGGCGGCGCUGCCGCAGAUGACACCACGGGAGCAACUGGAAACGCGCCAGUGAAGACGGAAAGGCUCUCACCUCUCCCGGAAGUUUCAGGGAAUCAACCAGAACAGCUGGGGGCAACAGAAACCAGCGACUACCCGCAACCCAGCCUGUUCAAGGGGCAUCUGAAGAGCUAUCAACUAAAAGGCAUGAACUGGAUUGCCAAUCUGUUUGAUUCUGGCAUCAACGGCAUUCUAGCGGAUGAGAUGGGCCUGGGCAAGACAGUGCAAACGAUAGCGUUCCUGGCACAUCUGGCUGAACAUUACGGCAUCUGGGGCCCUUUCCUGAUCGUGUCACCUGCUUCCACGCUGCAUAACUGGCAACAGGAAUUGGCCAGGUUCCUGCCUGCCUUCAAAGUGGUCCCCUACUGGGGGAACACACAGGACCGCAAAGUCCUGCGAACAUUCUGGGAACAAGCGAACCUGCACACCGAAGAGGCGAGUUUCCACGUGGUAGUCACAUCCUACCAGCUGGUUGUCUCAGACAUCAAGUACUUCAGCAGGAUCGACUGGCAGUGCAUGGUGCUGGACGAGGCUCAGGCCAUCAAAAGCACCAACAGUCAGCGCUGGAAGAACCUGCUCGGCUUCAAGUGCCGCAGCCGCAUCCUGCUGACUGGCACACCCAUCCAAAACUCGAUGGCCGAACUGUGGGCGCUGCUGCACUUCAUCAUGCCGUCGCUGUUCGACUCUCAUCGAGAGUUCAACGACUGGUUCAGCCGUGACAUUGAGAACCACGCAGAAAACCGCGUCAAAGGUGACAUCGAUGAGACGCAUCUCAGUCGGCUGCACAUGAUCCUGAAGCCAUUCAUGCUGCGCCGCGUCAAGCGUGAUGUGGAGAACGAGCUGACGGACAAGAUCGAAGUGAUGGUCUACUGCCCGCUCACCAUCCGCCAGAGGCUGCUCUACCAGGGCCUGAAGAAGACCAGUAUCGACGAGCUGCUGAGGAGCGCUCAGGGAGGCGGCCAGUACAGUCAGGUCACCACCAGCCUCCUCAACCUGGUGAUGCAGUUCAGGAAGGUGUGCAACCAUCCAGAGCUGUUCGAGCGCCGUGACGUGUACAGUCCAUUCCUGGUACGGCUUCCGGCGUUCCAGCUGCCUCGGCUCGUGUUCCGGGAGGCACUGCUUCACCGCUCUCAGCGCAGCGUCCAGCAUGUCCUGUACAACAAGCUGAACGUCUUCACCGGCGAACAUGUUCACCGUAGCCUGGACACGGUGACUCUGACCGACGGUGAGCUGCGCUGCUCGAGCACCUUCUCGUUCCUGCGUUUCGUGGACCAGUCUGCGGGGGAGCUGUGCGCUGCUGCCAGCGAUCCGGUGCGCCGCUGGCGGCUGCUGAGGGCGGCCUUGGAGGCUGCCGAGCGGCGGCGCCGACAGCCGACUCUGCCUGGACGACGGCUGGGACGACAUGCUCUGCUGCUGGACGGACCGUGUGACGGGCUUCAGCGACCUUCUUCGCUCAUCUUCACCAGUCACACCGCGCAGUUCUACGCGCACGUCACCCACCGCCUCGAGUGUCGGCCCGAGACCCUGGAGCACCGCAUGCUGCGCACCAGGAAAACUGCCGGAGAGCCGACAGCCCAAGCGACCACCAGUCUUGUGCCGGUGGAGACUAGGACUACUGCGGGAAGCAAGUCGGUCGAGAAGAAACUGCAGCUACUGCCCGAGUUUCGGCACCGUCCGCGGCCUGCCGAGGUUCUGCUCAUGCAGCCCACCGACCUUCCAGCCUUCCUUCAGCAAACACCGCGAAAGGCGAUGGCAUGUCCCCUGGAGCUGUACUGCUCUGAUCGCAGCGCUGCUUGGUGGUGGGACGACUACCUCCACUGCGGCUCACCGGAGGGACGUGACGUUCUGCUGUUCGGAUCACCAGAAGGAGCGGUGGAGGAACGGCAGCGCAGCCACCGGCUGACGACAGUCGAGAGUGGCGGCCUGUCCCCACUUCGUCCACCACACGGCUGGUCGCAACUCAUCAUUCCCGACAAGCGGACGCUCAUUACCGACGCUGGGAAGCUGUACGUGCUGGACUCUCUUCUCAAGAAGCUGAAGGAUGGUGGACAUCGCGUCCUCAUCUACUCCCAGAUGACUCGCAUGAUCGACCUCCUCGAAGAGUACAUGUUCUACCGCCAUCACAAGUACUCGCGAUUGGACGGUUCGUCAAAGAUCUCUGAGAGACGCGAUAUGGUGGAAGACUUCCAGACCCGGUCAGACAUCUUCGUGUUCCUGCUGAGCACCCGAGCUGGUGGUCUGGGCAUCAACCUCACGGCUGCAGACACAGUGAUAUUCUACGACAGUGACUGGAAUCCGACUGUGGACCAGCAGGCGAUGGACAGAGCUCACCGGCUCGGUCAGACUCGUCAGGUGACGGUCUAUCGCCUCAUCAGCAAAGGCACCAUCGAGGAGCGCAUCCUGGAGCGCGCCAGAGAGAAAAACGAGAUUCAACGUAUGGUCAUCAGCGGUGGCAACUUCCGUCCCGACCGGCUGAAUGCCAAGGAGGUCGUCUCGCUUCUGCUGGGUGACGACGUCAUCGAGAAGAACUUCCGAGCGCGCCAGGCUGAGUCGCAGCAGGAAAGGAAGCGGAGAGCUGACCAGCCCAGCAGCAGUGGGAGUGAGAAACGGUCUCGUACCGACCAGGAGGACCUGUCUCAGCUCUCCUCACCGCUGGACUCUCGGCCAGCGAGCCGGGCGACCAGCGAGUGGUCUGCGGAGGGAGGCGGCGGUCCGGAGGGGCGCGAAGAAACCAGUCCGGAGGGCUCGCUGAUGGUAGACAUGGACAUCACACCACUGCCGUCGCCCGGAGGACCGCCAGCCUCGUUCUUGGAGCUUCACCAGCCUCGUCGUAAGAGGGGCACCGGCAGAAAGCGGGGCCGUCCCCGUGGGAGCACCUCACGGGGUCGUGGCCGCGGUCGGGGCGGCCACAGCUCGGUACCGCCACCUCCGCCCGCUCCCCCGGCACCAAGUCAGACGCCCACUCGUCGGGGACGGGGACGGCCGCGACUCGUGCCUGGCGCACCAGUUCAGAGCAGCCGACCGCCCAUCAAACUCACAGUGCCGCUGGCCUCUUCAAGAUACUUCCAGGAGAAGCAGCAACGUGAGGGAGGCGCUGGUGCUCCCGGCCCCUCGGGUCUCAACCGCUACAGCUGGGACAGCUAAACGCGGAUUGUGGCUCUUGUCACCCACCUCAGUCGCUAUUUCUGGCUACAACUGAUAGAGUUGUAGGUACUACAACCCACUGCGACACAAGUUGAUGUCCUUGGGGUGUACCAACUGGUCUGCUCGCUGUAGACUACCGAACUCUAUUCUAUCCUCCACACUGUGUGUUUAUAUAUCGUACAAUGGUCGCUCUACUGCGCUGGGCUAUGUGUUGCACAAAGGGGAUAGGCUUUCCCGCGGUACGUUUUGUGUUCGGUAGACAUAGAUCCACGCGCUGGACUGCGCUGUAUAUAUCAGACUGUUGUGCUCGCCGAAUUUUGAUAAAUGUCUGUCACGAUGCUUUCCUUUUGCCCAGUGUUUACCAAGCUUGUCGAAUUCGGAUUUACGUUUACAUGAUUUAGACGUUUGUAAGGCAAGGCCUCGCGUUACCUGUCCAAUUCAGCUGCCUGCUAAACUUCAUGGUGCCAUGUUUGUGCUUUUUAUUCAUUGAUGUCCAUUUAAUUGUAAUUUGGCCGUUGUAAAUGCAGUCGUUGUCUGUCGCCCAAACACUUACAUUUAGGACCGCACUGUUUGUCUCAUAUGGUUUGCUAAGGUGUUUCUGGUACGGAUAGUAACGAUCCGGUCAUCACUGGAUUUUUGUUCUUACAUGUUCGAUUAUGCUGCUCGUGCAGCAGUUAUAAGUCUUGGUGUCUUGUAAAUAUCAAUGUGUUUGUGGAAGACCAAUGAUUUAUAUAUGAACUAAAUGGGCCUUUUUGCUGUGUGGCUAGCGAUAGUAAAAUGAUCAAAUGUAUUCAGCUUUUUAAGUAGAAUUGUUCUAUGGAACAGAUAUAAACGUCUUUCAGCAUCUCCUACUUAGUUAGCACGAAUUUUUGAUCUUGUAAGAAAUGGACUCUUCCGAACAAUACAAAAUAG